CGGUCGACAGCAAGCAACCUGGCCUCAUGUUGCUUGAUCCUUGAGUGCACGGGCAACAGGUACCUGGUUCAUAUGCUUCUUCUCUUACCCCAAGCAAAUGCCUCCGAGGAGAUGGCGUAAGAAGUAUCCCUUCUUGUACACGCGUCGGGCACGCAUCUUCCGCAAAAUCUUCACAUAUUUCACCACAUAUCUCAUCCUCGUUCCCCUCCUACUCUGGGUAUUCCUCGCAUCUCAGAGCAAUCCAUUUCCAGAGCAGCUCUAUGAGGCACAACGCGUCUUGAUCGUGUUGGCUCACAGGAGUGAUGCAACCCUGUUCUUCAGUCCGACCAUCCUCCGCGUGACGAGCAGGCCUGAGCAGGACAAGUUGACCAGGCUGCUAGUCUUGUCAAAAGAUGAUCACCAUGGGCAAGUUGACGUAGACAACACCGAUUUCUUCGAGGCAUGCGACAUCCUGGGAAUUGCAGAGAGACAUUGUAAUGUGCGAGAUCUUCCUGGGCACGUAGAUGAUGCCGACGUCGUCUGGUCCCGUGGGAGGAUCGAGGCGACCGUGAAGAGCUAUGUGAUGAAAUGGGCAGUUGACGCGAUAAUCACCUUCGACGACGGUGGAGUGACUGGACACGAGAACCACGUCUCAGUCAGCGAUGCUAUCGUGAACUACGUCUCCCACACGGAGUCAGCACCACCAGUCUACACCCUAACCACAGUCAACGUCCUCCGCAAGUACAGCUUGCUAGCGGAUCUACCACUCACGACUCUCACGCACGCUCUCCGAAGACUGUUCUUCAGUCCAGGUGCAGAAUACACAGCAAGUGACACCUCAGUACUGUCCGUCAACUCCAUGUCGAUGUGGCGUCAAAGCGUCUCUGCGCUAGAGCAGCACGAGAAUCUGGAGACCUGGACUCGAUAUCUCUACGCCCUGCUAGGUCGAUACAUGUGGAUCAACGACCUGAAGCUGGUAGUACCAGGAAGCGCCAAAAGGGGUCAAUGAUAAUAAAGUUGGCACUUGGCACUUGGCCGCUCAAGCCCAGCAUCGAGAGAUAUCGUAUGAUACUGCAUUUUCUAUCAUCCUG